AUGUUUGUAGCCCAGUUUCAGCUUUGGGGUCCCAUACAGUGGACUCUUGGUGUACUAGAGCACAGUCCAGUACAGUGGACUCUUGGUGUACCAGAGCACAGUCCCAUACAGUGGACUCUUGGUGUACCAGAGCACAGUCCCAUACAGUGGACUCUUGGUGUACCAGAGUACAGUCCCAUACAGUGGACUCUUGGUGUACCAGAGCACAGUCCUGUACAGUGGACUCUUGGUGUACCAGAGCACAGUCCCAUACAGUGGACUCUUGGUGUACCAGAGCACAGUCCCAUACAGUGGACUCUUGGUGUACCAGAGCACAGUCCCAUACAGUGGACUCUUGGUGUACCAGAGCACAGUCCCAUACAGUGGACUCUUGGUGUACCAGAGCACAGUCCCAUACAGUGGACUCUUGGUAUACCAGAGUACAGUCCUGUACAGUGGACUCUUGGUGUACUAGAGCACAGUCCAGUACAGUGGACUCUUGGUGUACCAGAGCACAGUCCUGUACAGUGGACUCUUGGUGUAUCAGAGCACAGUCCCAUACAGUGGACUCUUGGUGUACCAGAGCACAGUCCUGUACAGUGGACUCUUGGUAUACCAGAGUACAGUCCUGUACAGUGGACUCUUGGUGUACCAGAGCACAGUCCAGUACAGUGGACUCUUGGUGUACUGGAGCACAGUCCAGUACAGUGGACUCUUGGUGUACCAGAGCACAGUCCAGUACAGUGGACUCUUGGUGUACCAGAGCACAGUCCUGUACAGUGGACUCUUGGUGUAUCAGAGCACAGUCCCAUACAGUGGACUCUUGGUGUACCAGAGCACAGUCCUGUACAGUGGACUCUUGGUAUACCAGAGUACAGUCCUGUACAGUGGACUCUUGGUGUACCAGAGCACAGUCCUGUACAGUGGACUCUUGGUGUAUCAGAGCACAGUCCCAUACAGUGGACUCUUGGUGUACCAGAGCACAGUCCUGUACAGUGGACUCUUGGUAUACCAGAGUACAGUCCUGUACAGUGGACUCUUGGUGUACCAGAGCACAGUCCUGUACAGUGGACUCUUGGUGUACUGGAGCACAGUCCCAUACAGUGGACUCUUGGUGUACCAGAGCACAGUCCUGUACAGUGGACUCUUGGUGUACUGGAGCACAGUCCCAUACAGUGGACUCUUGGUGUACUGGAGCACAGUCCCAUACAGUGGACUCUUGGUGUACCAGAGCACAGUCCUGUACAGUGGACUCUUGGUGUACCAGAGCACAGUCCCAUACAGUGGACUCUUGGUGUACCAGAGCACAGUCCCAUACAGUGGACUCUUGGUGUACUGGAGCACAGUCCCAUACAGUGGACUCUUGGUAUACCAGAGUACAGUCCUGUACAGUGGACUCUUGGUGUACUGGAGCACAGUCCCAUACAGUGGACUCUUGGUGUACUGGAGCACAGUCCCAUACAGUGGACUCUUGGUGUACCAGAGCACAGUCCCAUACAGUGGACUCUUGGUGUACCAGAGCACAGUCCUGUACAGUGGACUCUUGGUGUACCAGAGCACAGUCCAGUACAGUGGACUCUUGGUGUACUGGAGCACAGUCCCAUACAGUGGACUCUUGGUGUACCAGAGCACAGUCCUGUACAGUGGACUCUUGCUGUACCAGAGCACAGUCCAGUACAGUGGACUCUUGAUGUACCAGAGUACAGUCCUGUACAGUGGACUCUUGCUGCCCCAGAGCACAGUCCUGUACAGUGGACUCUUGGUGUAUCAGAGCACAGUCCCAUACAGUGGACUCUUGGUGUACCAGAGCACAGUCCUGUACAGUGGACUCUUGGUAUACCAGAGUACAGUCCUGUACAGUGGACUCUUGGUGUACCAGAGCACAGUCCUGUACAGUGGACUCUUGGUGUACUGGAGCACAGUCCCAUACAGUGGACUCUUGGUGUACCAGAGCACAGUCCUGUACAGUGGACUCUUGGUGUACUGGAGCACAGUCCCAUACAGUGGACUCUUGGUGUACUGGAGCACAGUCCCAUACAGUGGACUCUUGGUGUACCAGAGCACAGUCCUGUACAGUGGACUCUUGGUGUACUGGAGCACAGUCCUGUACAGUGGACUCUUGGUGUACUGGAGCACAGUCCCAUACAGUGGACUCUUGGUGUACCAGAGCACAGUCCCAUACAGUGGACUCUUGGUGUACUGGAGCACAGUCCCAUACAGUGGACUCUUGGUGUACCAGAGCACAGUCCUGUACAGUGGACUCUUGGUGUACCAGAGCACAGUCCAGUACAGUGGACUCUUGGUGUACUGGAGCACAGUCCCAUACAGUGGACUCUUGGUGUACCAGAGCACAGUCCUGUACAGUGGACUCUUGCUGUACCAGAGCACAGUCCAGUACAGUGGACUCUUGAUGUACCAGAGUACAGUCCUGUACAGUGGACUCUUGCUGCCCCAGAGCACAGUCCUGUACAGUGGACUCUUGGUGAACUGGAGCACAGUCCCAUACAGUGGACUCUUGGUGUACCAGAGCACAGUCCGGUACAGUGGACUCUUGAUGUACCAGAGCACAGUCCUGUACAGUGGACUCUUGGUGUACCAGAGCACAGUCCUGUACAGUGGACUCUUGGUGUACCAGAGCACAGUCCUGUACAGUGGACUCUAGGUAUACUGGAGCACAGUCCAAUACAGUGGACUCUUGAUGUAUCAGAGCACAGUCCUGUACAGUGGACUCUAGAUGUACUGGAGCACAGUCCAAUACAGUGGACUGUUGAUGUACCAGAGCACAGUCCUGUACAGUGGACUCUUGGUGUACCAGAGCACAGUCCUGUACAGUGGACUCUAGGUAUACUGGAGCACAGUCCAAUACAGUGGACUGUUGAUGUACCAGAGCACAGUCCUGUACAGUGGACUCUUGGUGUACCAGAGCACAGUCCUGUACAGUGGACUCUAGGUAUACUGGAGCACAGUCCAAUACAGUGGACUCUUGAUGUAUCAGAGCACAGUCCUGUACAGUGGACUCUAGAUGUACUGGAGCACAGUCCAAUACAGUGGACUGUUGAUGUACCAGAGCACAGUCCUGUACAGUGGACUCAUGAUGUACCAGAGCACAGUCCAGUACAGUGGACUCUUGAUGUACCAGAGCACAAUCGUGUACAGUGGACUCUAGAUAUACUGGAGCACAGUCCAAUACAGUGGACUCCUGAUGUACUGGAGCACAGUCCAGUACAGUGGACUCUUGAUGUACCAGAGUACAGUCCAGUACAGUGGACUCUUGAUGUACCAGAGCACAGUCCUGUACAGUGGACUCAUGAUGUACCAGAGCACAGUCCAGUACAGUGGACUCUUGAUGUACCAGAGUACAGUCCUGUACAGUGGACUCUAGAUGUACUGGAGCACAGUCCAAUACAGUGA